AAGCACGGAGAUAUUUAUUUAUUUAUUUAUUUAUUUAUUUAUUUAUUUAUUUAUUGUUUUGCCUUUGUUCUUUCUCAAUAAAAUUAGGCCAAAGCAGCAAAAUGUAGAUCAGGGGUAAAAUCUUGCAACCUUUAGACGUGUCUCUGCUUCAACAGACCUGAAUCAAAUAAUGAGGUCAAUAGCAGGACUCUGGAGAACAUGGCUGCAUACUGAGAAGGUGAUUGAGCCAUUUAAUUCAGGUGUGAUGGACCAGAGACUACCUAAACGUUGUAGGACACCAUCUGGAUUUGAAGACCUCUAAAGUCAAAUAAAGUCUAAUGUAGUCUACAAGCUUGUAAAGUUAAUGUUAAAACAACCUCAUUUAUAUGGGAGUGGCUGUUAAUUCACUAAAAUUGAGCUCAUAUGUAAACCAGCUACUGUUGAACAUUGAAUAUGGUUUUAAGAUUUCAUUUUCUAAUUUAUUUUUAUAACUUCCUUUUUAUUUGAAACUCUAGUGGUACCUUGCAGUUGUCUAUCAGUGGUCUAUCACUUUCAGUCUGGUUUGUAUAAAAUUUUGUUUUGCAGCAAUACAGUAGACUGGCACUAUAUGAACCAGAGGUGUGUUUAUGAGGUUAGAACCAGUUGAAAGCUGGAGCCCACAGGGCACCUCCUAUAGACUGGUGUAGUCGUCAUCCCAUCCACUGGGGGCUUGUAUUUUUUAUUAUUGUGGGAUUAGAACGCAUUAUUCCAAUAUGGAGGAACCAGGUCGUAGAUCUACUACAGUGUAGACUCCUACGCCCCGAGUCUCCCCCUGCAGUUCAUUGGUCCAUGAGCGGGUUCAGCACCACGCAGGGUGAACAGCGACACUCCGCAGUUUCGUCGGAUGAGGAUGCCACGGAAGCCGCUCAACACGGUUACUAUGACACCGGGUUUCUUCUUCUUUUUUUACUCUGCAUGAGACUGUUCCAUCCAUCCAUAGGAAGUAGUCCCAGCCAGGAUAUUUCUCAGUUUGAUCGGCGGAUUCGUCUUGUCUUCAGAGGAGAUCUAGCAUCGCGGAUGUUCGGAUGCUUCACAGAUUUCUUUUAUUUCGCCGGGUCUGCUUCGCUUCGAGUCCAAAGGCAUGACGGACUCUACUAAAACCAUCCCUCGGGUUCAGUCCAGGUGCUUUAUCUUCUCAUGCACAACGCCGCAUCCGCUAUCACAGCUGCCGCCGCCCGAACACCGGGUCUCCCAGCCGGCGCCACGGUGUCCGCCGGUCCCCCAAAGCCUCUUAUGACAUGACAACUCCGGGCAGGAGGAGCAGGAUCAAAGGCUGUGGGUAGGGGUUGCAGAAGGAUGGGUCAGAUCCUCAAGGAAAGGGUGCAAAGAAACUGAAAGUUUCCCUUUGACAGUGUCUAAGCAGAGAAGCGCUCGACUGGUUUGGAGUCUCCAGGGGGUCAGAAAGUCCCCGUGAUCCUUAUUCUGAUCUGUAUACCUUCAGUGUGGUGACACCCACCUCUGCCUCCCAGUCUCAUCUGAUGUACGGCCUCAUAGUGUUGAUACUGGUCGAGUCCCAGCCAGCUGCGAGGUUCCCCGGGCCUGUGAGGUUCUCCUUCUCCUGCGCAGUCAUGGGCUGCAUUCAGAGCAUAGCCUGCAACAAGUCGCGAAUCAAGCGGGAGAACAUCGUGGUGCAUGACCUGUCCGCCACCAUAGACCACUGUCCGACUGUCAUAGAGGAAAACUCCCCCAUUGUGCUCCGAUACAAGACGCCCUACUUUAAAGCCGCUGCGCGGAUUGUCAUGCCCCCCAUUCCGCGCAACGAGACCUGGGUGGUGGGUUGGAUCCAGGCGUGCACUCAGAUGGAGUUUUACAACACCUACGGAGACAUCGGCAUGUCGAGCUGGGAGCUGCCUCAGCUGCGGGAGGGUCUGGUGAGGGCCAUCAGCGACUCCGAUGGCAUCAGUUAUCCCUGGUACGGAAACACAACAGAGACCGUCACCAUAGUGGGGCCCACCUCCAAACCGUCCCGCUUCACAGUCAGCAUGAAUGAUAACUUUUACCCCAGUGUCACCUGGGCCGUGCCGGUCAGCGAGUCCAACACGCCCUUGCUGACCAACAUCAAGAGGGACCAGAGCUUCACCACCUGGCUGGUGGCGCUGAACACCACGUCCAAGGAGAAGAUCCUGCUACACACCAUCAAGUGGCGGAUGAGGGUGGACAUAGUUGUGGAUCCAGCCCAGCCUCUGGGCUCCAGAGCCCGGCUGGUGGGCCGGCUGUACCAGGAACAACCGCGGGUGCUGAGCCGCAUGGAGCCCGUCCCUCCAAACGCCAUGGGGAAGCCGAACGCCAAUGACGCCCAGGUUCUGAUGUGGAGGCCAAGGAGAGGUCCUCCGCUUGUUGUCAUACCGCCUAAAUAGAGCCAAGUGAGGCUCUUCAUAACUGUUUCUUUUUGCUACAACAUCACAGAGAGCCACAUACGACUGAAAAUGAUGAUGAAAGACAGAAGCAGAGUUAAGUAUUUAAUUGUUGAAUCAGUGUUAAAACUCUGCCUUAAUUCCCCACCGCUGCCUUUGACCAUCCAGAAGGUUUCAGCCUCUGGUGCUGCAGAACUGUGGAGCGUACGGAGGUGCACUCUAACCCAGCACACCCGAGCAGAGCGCUGCUUAACUCUGAGAAAACACCGUCAGUGCUGGGAUGUGUCAUUAAUCUUUGAUGUAGCUCCUCUGGCUCAGGAGGACGUGAUCAAGCCUUGACACAGGCAGAUAUACACAAAAAGGUUUACAGCCUUAAAGAUCCUCCAGAGGAAAAGUUUUGGAGGUGAAGGUGAAGGAAAGACAACUCUAUUGUGGGGAUUAAUUGAUCGUUUUCAUUUCUGAUGGAUGAUGUGAAUGUACGUAUUCAGGUGUUCUUGUUUGUGCAGAUGUGUUUUUAUAACGGCUGCGUUCGGGCUUGCUGCUGUCACACCAGACUGCCUCAAACACGCCAGAGGCCUCAUUCAGGUUAGUUUUAGAUUCAACUUUCAGAUCACAGGAAAUGCAGACUCGACACGUACACAAUGACACAUGAAUGAAGCCUACAGAGAGAUUCUCCUUUUCUAACAGUGACUUCAUCCAAGCUUCCCAGUUGCUCCAGUUCUGCCUUUGCAAAGCCAGAGAUGCCUGCCGAUAUCGACAGUAAAGCCGGAUUUUUUUAUUUUAUUUUAUUUUUUGGUGAGAUUUUCAGGCCCCUCCUAUUAGAUUUGGAGAGAAUGAAAAUGUAAGGAGGCAAAUGUACCUCGAAAUGAUUUGACUGUUUGUUAGAAAGGGAAACCAGUAGUAUACCACCAUGUUGAAUCACAACUACAUGCCACAUCAUCAAACCCUCUGUCCCCCUUUUCACCUCCAUAAAUUCAUGGUCUUUCAGUAUUACUUACAGGGGCUUUAUGCUGCUUUUUCCUCCCAGUGGGAGCUGUGUUCGGACUGGUAUCGUGAAAUAGAUGGGGUUUAGUAGAGUUUGGGGUUGGAAGUGGCGAAUAGGAACUCUAAACUCUUCAUUCUUCCUUUCUACCUUGCCUGUCGCUCUUAAGUUUUGCAUCCCAUCUUAAAAUGCAGUUUAAAAAUCUGCCUCUACAAUCGACGACUUGCUUUAAAAACUCGUUAUAGUAGUUUUUAUUUCUCAGAAGGCAAACCAGAGAGUGCAUUCCAGCUAUUGAGGAAUUACAUUUCUCCUGACCUCUCUGGGAAAAUUUGCUCUUCCCGCUUUUGCAUAGCAAGAUCCAACUGAUUGUUGAACCAAGGAACAGUGUGGCUCUCAUCCAGGCAGAGUACAGACCUUUACCCUUCCCUGGGUUUGAAGCUUGUCUGUAAUUAGCAGAGAAUCAAGGUUUGGGUCAUGGAUCCAGUUUACAGUAUUACAGCCACAGUGUCUAGAUCAGGAGUGGGCAACUCCAGGCCUCGAGGGCCGGUCUCCUGCAACUUUUAGAUGUAUCUCUACUUCAACACACCUGAA